AUGUUGACAUCACUGAAAUACGGGAACUGUGUUGCCAGGUCAAUUAGAUCGACAAUCCCUCGUUUCUAUUCACUAAACGCUCAGCCAUUGGGCACAGACAAUACAAUUGAAAAUAACUCACCUACAGAGACAAACAGACUGAGCAAGACUUCCCAAAAAUUCUGGGAAAAGGUGUCAUUGAAUAGAAACGCUGAAAAUGGAAAAAUUGCAUUACAAUUAGAUGGGAAGACUAUAAAGACUCCCCUAGGAAACGGUAUAUUAAUUGAUGAUACAAGGUCUCUUUUAGCAUACCUAUUAAAACUAGAAUGGUCAUCGUUAUCCAGUCUCUCGAUCAAAACGCACUCUUUGCCAUUGACCUCAUUAGUGUCGAGGUGCAUUGAUUUAGAAAUGACAAACAAACCCGGCUGUGAUCCUCAAUUGGUCGCAAAGAUCGGUGGUAAUAGUGAUGUUAUUAAAGACCAAUUGUUAAGAUAUUUGGAUACUGAUACCUUGUUAGUGUUUUCGCCCACGAGUGAGUUUGAAGGGAAACUACGUGCUGCCCAAAAUGAGUUAUACUUGCCCUUGAUUAAAGGAACCGAAGAAUUCCUAUCCAAAUUUUCUUCCCAGCAUGAUGACAUUCAUUUACAGGUUUUAGAUGCUGAUAUCCAUGGGUUACGAGGUAACCAACAGCCAAAUGUAGUUAGGGACGCGGCUAUGAACUACAUGAACAGCUUAUCACCAUGGGACCUGGCUAUCCUUGAGAAAACUGUACUAACUACCAAAUCGUUCAUCUGCGGUGUGCUAUUAAUGGAAAACAAGAAAAUCUCUGAUAAUCUACCCCCUGGCUUGAAAACUGACAUGGAAAAAAUUGUUCGUGCUGCCACUUUGGAAACCAUCUUUCAAAUUGAAAGAUGGGGGGAGGUUGAAGAUACUCAUGACGUUGACAAAAGGGACAUCAAWAGGAAAAUUCAUACUGCCGCCAUAGCCGCCUUUAAGCAAUAA